AUGGUGGACGACUCGUCACUCCAGGCCAACGCAGGGAUGCUCUUGCAGCGGUUCUUGAAUGACGAAGAUAGAGAUGAGGAUGAGGAUGAGUCGUCGGCCGCGCGUCCAAGCGCAGAGGCAUGGGACGAGUCACGGUGCUGCAUGAGGUGUAAGCGCACACUGCGCGAUCGACGGCAAGUCGCUUCUUCCUCCAUUCCCCCGUCUUCGUAA